AUGUCUCGUGUUUCAUCAUCCCGCCGGUCAUCCCGGGCCUCUAGCUAUCUUCGCCGCUCAACAUCAGAAAAUGAUGGCUCAUGGCUCUCUGCCCCUGGUCCGUAUCGCGACCUAAUCCGCUCGCUUUGUGCAAGUCGCCCUGACUUGAGGAGCCGCGAUGAAACGAACGAGAGUGAUUGGCCACCGACUUGCUACAACCCACGCAUUGUGGCUCUGGAGGUGCAAGGCAAUAGCGUCCACGAGUGUUUGGAAACCUCAGAUCCAAGGGAACUAGACCAACACUUCCAGGAGUACAAAGCCAAGAAAAGCGCGAAGAGGCGAAUUAUAUAUAUCUUGGAAGGCCUUAAUCCUGAGUUUAUUUCCAUCCUUGGCGGACAUCUCAUGAUCCAUCCAAUUCUUUUCACCGAUCAUCUUUGGUGGAAGAGCGUUUCCAGUACAGGACAUAACAUCGAUAACAUCGCCCUGGCCAUUAGUGCACAGGACUAUAUUUGCUUCGAGUAUCCUGAAAACUUUUGGUUAAAUGCGGACGACAACAGUUCUUACCAGUCUAAUUGUUUAAAGACUGGCAGAAUUAUAAUUAAGAAUGUCCUGGAGGAAGACUACGUGUCACUUACCGUUGAUCGCAAGUGCAGCUUUUGGUCCUCGAUGUUGUCAGCAAAUGGAGGCUGGAACGCCGUCAUACUUUGCGAUCCCCCGCCUUUGGUAAUUGGCCCAGAAGAGAACGAAAUAUUUCUCCAGCCUCGAGCCAGUGGAUAUAAUGACAUCUUGGCUUUCGAGGAUCAAAUAGAAUGCCUCACCGGGCCACCUAGGACUUCGAUGUUUGAUGAUCUUCACUAUUACUUGAAACGCCACUCUAGCUACCUCAACUUAGAAGAGCCCAGUGCCCCGACGUUCUUUAUCGAAAAUAUAGUCCUGCAACACUUCCUUCAGCAACACGAUGUACUCAAAAUCGAUGUUUUAAAUAUUCAGUAUAGAAUGGCCAACAGUAUGCUAGAAACAUUGACCCCAGCAGAUUUAGAGGCCCAUCGAUACAAUGGCCACUGUGACGAGAUCAACUUGAUAGAUAAUUGCGACAAACUCAGUCGUGUUAUCGGCCGCCUAAGCCAGUUAAACCCUAGGAUUGUGAGUGGAAAUGAAAGCUGGAAAGACCCAAGGCCCAAAUUUGAGGCCCUCUAUCGCCGAUUCCAAGAUUUGCUGCAGCAAUGCAGGGCUGUAAACUCCUCAAUCGCAGGGUUGGUCAGUCUUGUACAUGCAACUACUGCAAACAAGGAAGCAAUUGCGUCAAAUAAGGAGGCCAAAAGGGCAAGGGUGCUUGUCCUGGUCGGGCUCGUCUUUGUACCACUCUCUCUCGCUUCCUCGCUUUUCAGCAUGGCAGAGCCCUAUAGUCCUGGACACUCUCACUUCUGGGUCUACUUCGCCGUGUCUUUGCCUCUGGCUAUAGCCACUGUUGCAAUAUAUUUUAUCUACGAUUUGAGAAUAAUUGAACACCUGAGAAAAUGA